AUGAGUGCAGCACAGUGUAUGAUAGCAUUGGCGGAAAGUGCUCAAGAAACAGAGCAAACUGAGCGUGAACUGUUGGAACGAGAACCAUCGUUCCUGACUGCAAUGUCACCUUCAUCUGAUCUUUCAAACAUGUCACCACGUCACUCACGAGUUGUAGCGGUCGAAGGACGUGUAUUUCGUCGACUUCAGCGUUUUCACGUGUUGCCAUUGGAAAUUAAGGCACAAUCGGACAUGGUCGCAACAUACUUGUUGGCACCCAAAGUACGUUUGCAUGUGUUUGAACAACGAAAGCAUUGGUGGCAGCAUCCAGUUCAUUUGGCAAAGGCUGGACAAGGAACAUUUGUACAAGGUCGUAAGCUGUUAAAGGCAAUUUUAAGAUAUCUCUUGCUCUCAAAUGCAGCCAACAACACUCUCCGUGAUGCGCAGCAGCUUGCAGAAGCACUGGUGCUAAGUGGUUUCUUGUCGCCGGUUGAUGAAAUUGCAGAAGCUGACGAUGAAUUACUUGAAGAACUUUACGUGCUGGAUGAUUACUAUUAUGAGCUUGUAGCUCCGGGAGCCAAUGCAAUUGUCCCAAUGCCUCAUGUGGUAGCUUCUACGACUCUUGAUAGGAGUUCAACAAGCUCCUUACCAAGUGCCGUCGUUUUACCCAUUCAGCCACAUCAAUCGCCUACAAGCCAUAAAAAGCAAUCGCGACAAUUGAAAGGCACUCUAUCUGUCUGGGCCGUGACCGAUGGUGCGAUUCGUGCUGGGUUUGUGCAGCGUCAAUCUCGAGGGUCUCACGUACGAAAUUUGCUUGGAAUUGCAACAAAGUCGAAACCCUGCUACGCUGUCGUGAGUACGAAACACCAGUGUCUUGUGCUGUUUGAAACGGACGUGGCAAGAAGCGAACUUUUGCGUGUCGAUCUCACUGCGGCAACAGUGGAGUACUAUGGCGUCUAUGAGUUAAAACUUUGCAGCUGUGACGGUGAUCGGAACGGUAUCCACGGGAACGACGACGCAGCGGAGAUUCUAGUCUUGGAAAACAAGCCAGACCAAGAACAGUGGUUGCUGGCGCUAUUAGAUGCUGGUGCUGCGUUUUUGGAGACCCACCCUUCAGUCUUGUCAUUUGCUGCGUCGUCAGCUUCCCUGUACUCGCUGCACGACAUUGACGCAGAGGGUAACACCGUUUGCUUGUCAGGGCUUCGUGGUCACGUGGCUUUGCUGACGAAUGUGACUAGUGGUGCCAGUGAUUCCGACGCAAAGCAACUUUUGGCGCUUGCACAGCUGUACGCCGAGUACGGAGACGCAGGGCUCAAGGUGAUGGCAUUUCCUAGUGCUCAGUUUGGAGAUGCUGAGAUCAACAACGAUAAGGAACUCGUGGAGCAUCUCGCAAAAGCGUUUGAUGUUUGUUUUCCGGUGCUAGCUACUCGCGACGUGAACGGUCCAAACGCGCGCGAGGCGAUGAUCUUUUGUAAAACGCGACAGCCAGGACAGCUGCAAAUGCAUUCAUCAAAAACAACUUUGUCAAAUUUCUCUUUGAUCGCGACGGUCGAUUGUUCAAGUGUUAUGCCCCAAGCGAGUUACCUGUAA